AUGAGGGUGCUGGCAGUACUAUGGACGGUAUGCCUGGUAAGACUAUGCAGUGCAGGUUGUUGUGGAGGAGGUACUAGAGAUGACGAUGAUGGGCCUUAUGGUGGAUCUACGGAGAAUCUUAGGAGUAGUCCAUCUCAAUCAUCUAGACAGGAUGGAGUCGCUCUUGAUCUUUCUAAUCCUGAUGAAUCCAAGUUAGAAAUUAGGGAAAGUGUAACUCAUGGAGUAAGUUACAGGGGAUUCAUUCCUAAAUCUGGCUAUCAUACCAAUAAAGUAAAGGAUGGUGGCAAGGAGUUAUGGAAGGCUGAAGCUGGUGAAAAGUAUUUCCUUGCACAGUCUUACACAAAGGGAAAUGAAGCAGUUCUUUACCUGGAGAUUUCCGGAAGUAGUGGUACUACGCAUAAAUACUUUGAGAAGGUUGAUGGAAAAUGGGAUGGUAUCACACAAGGAGACUUUUUAAAGAAGCUUCAUGAAAUGAGGAAUGGUGUUACUAAUCAACCUUCUGUAGAAUCUUCUCAGGAAUCUCCUAACCCUCCUAAGGCUCCUACUCAACCAGAGGCAGUUCCUCCCGGUGAAGAAUCUAAAGAGGAGAAGGUACUUACUCAACCUACUCAAGAAUCUACUCCAACAGAGCCCAAGGAAGAGCCUGAACCUGUAAGCCCUUUGGCUUCCAAGGUCGAUUCUACUCUAUUUGAUGUGAGUGAAUCUAACUCUGACGGAGUGCCACUUUUGACAUGCACGCCAAAGCCUAAUAUUGUAGUCACAGAAUUCAAGUAUGGUGACGAUACAAUUUGGAAGAACUCUAGAGGUUCAUGUUUAUCGGCUCUAAUCUACUUUGAUGAAGACAAACCAGAAGUUGUAACACUACAAUAUAGAGCGUAUGGUAAAGAUCGCACUAUCUUCCUCCACUAUAACGGUGAUGAAUGGGAAGAUAACCAGGAAGAAUAUGCAAAGAAGCUUAACAUAUUGAAGGGAGUUCCUCCUCCAGCUACUCAAUCAACUGUACGAGUCAAUACCACCCUUGACCUCUUGAAUCCAGAUGUAGAAUCAGUACAUGUUGGUGGUGGCGAUGAGGACGGACUGGCUAAAAGGGUCUUUACUCCAAAUGACGGUUUUGCUAUGACCAAGGUUGUUAUCAGAGGAGAUCUGAUUUGGAAGGCUAAAAGACCUGGUGAGAAAUGCACUCUUGUAGAAUCUUAUAGCAAGGGGGAGUCAAUGCUGGCUUAUUUAAAGCUUGAGAGUGCCACUGGACUAGAUUUAAAGUAUCUUGAAAGAGUAAAUGGAGAAUGGAAGGAAGUCACUAUUACUGAAUUUUAUCAGAAACUUGGAGGAAUGAGAAAGAAGAAAGAGGAAUCCCCAGAGGAAGAGAUAGAAAUACAUUUGAAACGUGCCAAGAAGAGGCUAGAGGAGAGUGAGUCUGCUCCUGCAGUUGCUAAAUCAUCUGGAAAUACCAAUGCUAACAGAGAGGUUAGUACUCCUAAAUCUCCUACUCCCAUUACCCUUGAUCUUUCUAAUCCUGACAACUCUAAGAUAAAGACUACGAGAAGAGAAGAUAACGGAAUAGCUGUUAAGGAAUAUGUUCCAAAGGACCCUUUCUACAUCUCUUCUGUUAUGGAUGGUGACAAGGAGGUAUGGAAACCAGCAUCUGAAAAGGAAGAGUUUGUGUUUGCGAGAGUAUCCUCCAAGGGAGACUCUUCUCUCCUUUUAAUAUUUCUUGAAGAUGCUGAUAAUAGGUUCUUUGAAAAGAAUGCUAAUGGAUGGACUUCCAUUGAUGAAAAAGACUAUGAACAGAAGCUUGCUGAAUUGAAGUAUGCUGGUUAA